AUGUGGCAGUGCAGAUGGUCAAAUGCCACGGCGUCGUUAGUUAUGCAUCAAGUAUUGAAGAGGCGAGAGCGCAGUGGACUUCCGGUUCAGCAUCUGAUUGCUGUUUCAGUGGCUGCCAGUGUCAAUACGUUGAUGGCGAUUGCACUGGAGAGGUACUUCGCUCUCUGUAAGCCGCUCUACUCAAGACAGUGGAAAACGAAAUCGAACACGAUCCGAAUGAUUUUUGGCGUCUGGGUAUUAGCUUUCCUCUUCUCGAUUCCUCAUGCCAUUGUCGCAGAAAAAUGGCCAUCCAAGGAAUCCCAUUUGAUCUACUUCAUAUUUCUGCUACAAGUGUUAUUCGUCAUUCCACUGAUUGUGAUGACAUUUUUGUACAGUUUGGUGAUUCGUAGCUUCCUGGUCGGAAUUCAGCUGCAGACAAGCGCUCCUUCGCUUCGUCGAAAACGACGUAUCAGUCGAUUUCCGAUGAUUCACAGGCAGAGGGACGAAACCUCUUUUUCGCAGGACAGUUCGGAUGCAGAUCGAAGAGUUUACGAUCGCCCUGUGAAAUUCGAAAGCCGCUGGAAUGGGAAUAUGCUCAGAUGCACGCAUGCGGCCCAAAGUUUAACCAAUAAGAAGAGGGUAAUCAAAAUGCUGGCGGCUAUAGUAGUCGAGUUUUUCAUCUGCUGGAUGCCGUUCUACACCUACUACCUGGUAAUCGUGAUCAAACCAUCGAACUUCAACGCCAACUUCCACACAGUGUUUUUGAUCAUGGCCUAUCUGAGCUCAUGUACCAACCCGAUCACAUACUGUUUCAUGAACGGUAAAUUCCGGCAAGCGUUUCUGGCCGCCUUCGGUUGCAUAUGCACCAGGCUCAAACGCAAGUACGUCAUCUACAACCCGCGCGAAAAGUCGACGACGAUCAAGAGACAAGAAACGCAUAUGAAAAGCACGACUGUCGUUUCUUCAUCAAAUAUAUCGCGGGGCAUCAAGAAUGACAAGAAUGGUCCUGACUGA